AUGGAGCUGGAGCAGUUGUUUCGGAAGGUGUCGGCUCUGCAGGUGCUGUGCGGGGCGGGGAGGGCAAGGUGCACCUGAUUUCCUCUCAGGAGAUCCCGGACUGGGACCUUCGAGCGAUAUGGGGCUACCCGCGUGCCAACCUCUGGAGAUGGCAACUCACCCCCUACCGCCCCAAAGAAUGCUGGAAUCCUCGGACCUUCCCACGCGCCCUUCCCCCCGCCCCCCACAGCUCCUGCUGGGAUCAGGGAAAAGGUGGGAAGGGCCUUAAAGCGAAGUGGGGAUUCAGGCAAGCAUCCUGCCUUGAGCCUCCAUGCAGUGUCACCUAUCCUUUCCCUGGGGCCGUGCCCUCUCUUGCAGCGACCAGAAUGACCUCUCCAGGAGAAAGCCCCAAGAUACCCAUUCUCUUGCAGUAAUAAGGGUCUUCUUUCCCCUUCAUUCUCCACACCAGGCUUGUGUCCGGGGCUUCUUGGUCCGACGCCAGUUCCAGAAUCUGCGAGCUGAGUAUGAGGCUACUGUACGGGAGAUCGAGGGUGACCAGGGUGUGGUCCAGUGGACUGAGGGCUGGAUUCCCAGGCCCCAGUUUCUCCCAGAGAACGUAAAAUCCCAUCGGACCUGGAAAGCAGGAGAGAGAGUGACAAAUCCAGAGAAGGAACUAGGGAGUCAAUUUCCAUGUAAAGAGCCUGAGGAGAUGGUGCUGAAGAAGUCAAGAGAAAGCUCAGCAAACCCAGGAAGUCGAGAAGACAGCCCCCAACUUCAGGAUAAGCAGAGCAGGAAAACCAGGAAACCCAGUCAAGGGGAAACCAGAGACUCAUCAAGGAUGGGGAACCCAGAAGCCACAGAUCCAGGACUGCCCUACAGCCAACUUGAACUCCAGGAGGUCCAGCACCUCCGCAGCCACUUGGCCAUGGAACUGCUGUGGUUGCAACAGGCCAUCAAUAGCCGUAAGGAGUACUUAACUCUCAAACAAACACUGAGCUCCCCAGAGGCAGGCCAGACCAGAGAUGGGCCCAUUGUGUGCCCAGACCACUUGAGACAGGCCUGUGAGAGGGCCCACACACAACGAAGCCCACCACUGGAGGACCAGUGCUGCAGAGAAAGAACCACCAGAGAGCUAGACCAUGUGGAUGACUCCUGCUGGAGGGUCAAGUCACAACCCCACAAACCUCCAGAAAGUCUGGCCAUCACAGAUAAAACCACUGCUGGGGCCAAGUACAGGGAACCAUGCUAUAGGAGGGCUGGAUCACAGCAGCCCACACCAUCAGACAAUCAGGCCAUAGGGGACAAGCUCACCAAAGAGCCAGAUCGUGGAGAACAGGCCUCCAGAGGUACCUGCCUGCAGCUGAUGAAACACCCUGAGGACCAGACUCCCAGAGGCCUCAAACCCAGGGGCCAUUGUUCUGAGAAAGCCACAACACAGCUGCUCACGCUUCCGGAGGAGCCAGCUAUUAAGGACAAGUCUCCCAGAGGACCAGACUACCAAGAGCCUGAUUGCCAGAGUGCUGGACCACAAGAAUCGGGCCUCUCAGAGGACCACAUCAUCUGGGAUGGAACCUUGGCAGGGCCAGAGCAUAGCAGCCUGGAUCUCUGGAGAACAAAACCACCCAAGGGCCAGACCCUCAGUGAUAGAACCUCCAAAGGUGGACUCUCCAAUGAGCCUUGCCAUGAAGGAUGGACAAACCAGAGAACUGAACUAUGGAGAUCAAGGCCACCUAAGUACCUGUCAUCCACAGGGUCAGACCAUACAGGAAAGGACCACUGGAGGGGCAGAUCAUGGAAAACAGGACCACCAGGCUAGACCCUGAGGAGCCAGGGAGGAUCAGGUUCUGGGAGGGAUCCUAUGAAAAUGUGAUGAGUGAGACAGGACCUCCCUGGCUCCCAGGCACCAUCUCUCCCUCCUUCCCUGCCCCUGGCCAUUGGUGGGGCCAUUGGUGGGACCAUGAGGAGGUGGAGCAAGAGCUGGCACCAGUAUGGGGAGAGGGGAGAGCAGGAUACCCUUUCGUGCUCUGCCUGUGGCUCAGUUCAAAUUUGGGAACAGGGAAUUACCUGGGGAAAGUAAAGUGGGGGGCCUGUUGGAGAAUAAAGAUUUU